CACCGACGAAGAGCUUGUGCUGCUCCGCGUCCUGGAACACGCCAAACGUGCUCGGGUUUUCAAAACAAACUUUUGGUGCAAAUUGUUUUGGGAUAUUGAUAAUUUGAUAAUUUUGGAUUUUUUUUUUAAUGUUGAGAGAUUUAGUGGUAUAAAUAGUGGGUGGUAUUUGGUGUAUUUUUCUUGAUUAUUUCACUGACAAUUUUUGGAUUAUUUUUCGUGUUGAUUAAUAAGAUCAACAAUUAAUGAGGGCCCGUAUCAAGUCAUGUGACAGAAAGACAACCGAACGUCGCUGCCAGUGAUGCCUGGCGGACCCCCUAGAGUGUAACUGUUUGGACCCCGUUUUCGUAACCAUGGCGUUUCGCACCCCUGAUCUACUGUCAUUCACGACGUUAAUAAUGGUGCUUUUUUUAGGGGUAGUUCGCGCAAACCAAGAUCUUCCGGCUGUUGAAAACGAAGAAACAAUCGAAAUGAGCGCCUCCACGUCCAAACCAACACCACCAGAACAUGACGAGAAUCUGCUCCUCAAUACGGAUCUUCCUAUUUUUCUGACGGAACCUUUAAACUCAUUCGUGGUCAAAAACCGAGCAGCCACUCUACAUUGUAGAGCAGCCCAUUCGCUCCGCGUCUAUUUUAAGUGUAAUGGAGCUCGAAAAGUGGAAACUCAGGACUUUCAGUUUGUUGAUCCUCAAACUGGAGUGAGGAUAAUGGAAGCUGAAGCUAAUGUUACCAGGGAUAUGGUAGAGGAGUUUUUUGGAAAAGAAAAAUUCAAAUGCGAAUGUUACGCUUGGAACGGAAAAGGCAGUAUCAAGAGUCAGCCUGCUACAGUGGAAGUCGCAUAUUUAAAAAAGCAGUUUGACGUCAAUCCCGAGCCAGUGGUGCGCGUCGAAUUGGGUCAUCACACCGAACUAAAAUGCAUUGCCCCUCAGGGGAUGCCACCUCCCAGGGUGUACUGGCUCCGAGGGGGGCAAAUGUUACAGUCGGACAGCUCGGUUUUGGUAACCACGGAGGGUCACUUGUUGAUCGGCGAGGCACGUACUCAGGACACUGGCAAUUAUACGUGCGUAGCUGAGAACAUUGUUGGAAAAAGAAUGGCGCCUGCAUCGCAGAUUAUUGUUUAUGUUAACGGAGGAUGGUCAACCUGGGGAACAUGGACGGAUUGCCACUGUCCCGGCGAUAUCCUGGCCACCGGAAAAAUGAGCACCAGGACUUGCAAUAAUCCGGCUCCCAGCAACGGCGGAUUGCCUUGUCACGGGUCCGCCGUAAAAAGAACUAAGGAUUGUGUUUUGUGUCCGCAAGUUGAGCCAGCGCAUUGGUCCGCCUGGUCGGAAUGGUCGGACUGCAACGAAGACUGCGUUAAAAUCAGAAAGCGACAGUGUAUGCCUGGAACUGGAGGAACCAAGAAAAGUUGCUCCGGAAAGGAUUACCAAUCCAGUCCUUGUUCUUCUAAUGUUUGCAGAUCAAUGGAGUUAACUCGAGUAACUGAAGCUAACAUCCAAAAUACCCAAAACGACUUUCUACUCUACAUUGGAUUAACAGUGGCAAUAUUUUUAGUGUGCCUUCUUUCGUUUUUUGUCAUACGAUUGUAUAGAAAAAAAGGGCAGCAUCAGAGCUUGUACAAUAUGGCAGCAAGUGACUACCAUCCAGAAUUUUUUCCCGAACAGGACAAGAAGUCUCUCAGCCUACAGCCGGACUUGACUCAGACGGUCGCCGCCUGCUACGAGUACCCGUACACCACGCCAGCCACCUCGGUAACCAGGUCCGUGUCGGAGCACCAUUAUGACGUGCCCCACCUGGCCUCUGCGUCCGAUAUUCAGAUGUCGCCGGCCACCAGUUCCACACUAGAAUCAUCUAGCGGCAAGCGGAGCCAGAUGAGUAGCUCUACGAACAAUUCUGACUCUACCUAUGAUGUAGCCACCGAACAAGUAACUUUGCCUCUCUCCUCGCUUCCAACGGCCUAUGCAGUGACCCCAACUACAAGUGGCAACUACACGAGCGCCACUGUAGCCAGCACUGGUGCUUUUUUAAACCUUCCUGAAUCAGGAGUUAAUUUGCUAGUUCCUGAAGGAGCUGUAUCCAGAAGUAGGAAACAAGAGAUUUUCUUAUCGAUUCUCAACGAAGAUUGUUUUCGGCCUAAGUUAGCAGAACACUUGACUCAGCUAAGCCCUGUAGUAUCUUGUGGACCUAAUGUAUCUCUCAAUAAGGCAGUUGUACUUAAAGUUCCCCAUUGUGCAGAACUUUUGAGAAAUAAUUGGUCAGUAUCUAUAUUGCAGAGCGACUGUAGUGACUCCCAAUGGCAAAACGCGGUGACCUUAGGACAAGAAACGAUAAAUACUAAUGUGUUUUGUCAGUUAGACAGUGACUCGGCCUAUUUGGUCACUGAAUGCCUAUCAAGAUUCGUAAUCGUAGGCAAAUCAACCAAUGGCAACGCCACUAAAAGACUGAAGUUAGCUGUAUUUGCACCAAAACUUUGUUUCCAAACAACAGUAGAUUAUUGUAUUAGAGUAUAUAUACUCGAAGAUACAGAUAGUUCCAUGGAAACAGUAUUUGGACAGGAAAAACGACUUGGAGGUUAUUUACUUGAUGAGCCUCGAUCAAUUACUUUCCAAGAUGGAGGCAAUGCUUUAUGUCUUAAUUUAGAAGCCAUAAGCCAUGGGUGGCAAGCCAAACCAGGCUCCAGCUAUCAGGAGGUUCCUUUCGCCCACGUCUGGCAGGCCAAUAGCAACAGCUUACAUUGCAGCUUCACUGUAGAAUCUUAUGAAGUCAGUAGACAUCUUAAUUUCAAGCUAAAAGUUCAUCAGAAGGGUUUCGACUAUCAACAGCUAUUUGAUAUAAUUUGUAAGGAUGACGCUAGCGAUAGCAAAACGACUUUGUCAGCAAAACAUAACAACGAAAUAGUGCCAAAAAUUACAAUUCAUAGUGAGACAAGUCGGUCUAAUGACUCAAAAAAAUCAUCAGACUAUAAAAGUGCCAAAAACUUAGUGUUCGACGAUGGUACACCUAAAGCAGCCAAAAACCUUAUAGUGACUGAUCGCGGAGUGUCCACUUGUGACGACUUUAACUUUAGACUGACAAAACAAAUUAGAAAACAAUUAUGCCACUGCCUGGAUCCUCCCACUCAACGCGGUCACGAUUGGAGAAUGCUAGCGCACGUUUUACAUGUCGAUAGGUAUAUAAACUUUUUCGCUACAAAGCCAUCGCCCACCGAUUGUAUAUUAGAUUUGUGGGAAUCUAGGAAUAGGAACAGUAAUGCCUUAACCGAAUUAAAACAAAUAUUUACUGAUAUGGAAAGGUACGAUGCUGUAGGCGUACUAGAUAAUUGUUUGGGACCCAAUUGGUUGUAAGUUUUAUUGUUAAAAUUUUUUGUAAAUAGGAUGAGUUUGUUUGUAUAAUUUCAGAUUUUCAUAAAUUUUGCAUAAAGUCUGAACAAAAAUACCUAUACCUAUUACAAGAAGUUGAUCAAAAAUGUGUGAUGAAAUUUUUUUUCAAUAACAAUAGACCAGUAGAAAUAGGGUUCGAACAACCGAAAAAUUCGUUACAGCAAACUAAUUGCAGAAUAUUGUUGAACACGCUCCGAGCUUGUUUAACAGUAUUCCGCUUUCAGAUUGCUGUAAUGAAUUUAUUUUAUUUUUUUCCCGAAUUCUGACGACUAUUUCUACUGGUCGAUUAACAUAUGUGAUGAUUUCAAACAUUUCUGCUGGCUCUAGCUACAUAACUUUCCAAAUGCCAUCCAUUUCCAAUUCGUGUGGUAAUCUUCGGUGGCUGAUUAUCAUUUCCAAACCGAAUGGUAAGUUCUAGACAAUUUUACUCUAUGACGUAGCUUGCUGUUAUUGAUGAAUUCUAGUUUUUCUGAUCGAUUUAAUCAAAGAAAAAAUCUCUUGUUCAUUUGAUAAUCACAUAAUUUUUUGAGAGGUAAUUACAUAAAAAUCAAAUUAUACAAACAAAACCAUCGACCACAAUAAUAAUGAUGUAUGUACGAUUGUAUUUUGUUCAGAACAUAUAAUUUAUAUAAUAAAAAAAAAAUAUAGUUAUUUGAUAUAAGUUGUUAAUAUAAAAAAAUGUUAAGUCUUUUUGAUGAAAAAUUUAUAUUUUGUGCAAUUAUAAUACAUAAAUUUCGAUUUUUAAACAUUGGAAAUAUACCCUAUACUGCACUAUCAUUUUUAUCGAAAAUUACCUACUUACAUCUUAUAAUAAGUACACUUGUUAAUAGGCACUAAUGUAGCUAUGAUGUGUACCUACUAUAUUGUUGGGCUAAGCAAAGAAAAAUCUAUACUAGUUAUUAUUAAUGCAAUAUUUGGUUAGAAUGUGAUAUUUUGCAUUUAAUUAGUUAUUUAGAUUCUUAGAAAAGGAAACCAUAGCUUUAAAGAUAUAUUUAAAAUUUAUUUGUAUUGAAGAGUUUCUUACAUUAUGAAAUAAAUUAUUUUAAAAUUCGUUUUGUGCAAUAGGUACCUACUUUUUUUACAUCACAUAUUAAGAGGCAGUAAUUUUCUUGCUUAGCCCUUGCAAAAUUUGUAUAUUAUGAAUUACCUAACUGAAAUAUAUUAUACAAGGUAGAGUUUUAUACAAAAAAAAAUCAAAAGUAGUUUUCUAUAGAUAUUUUAGACAUGUUUUGUACAAAGCAGACGUAUGCAUAGCAACUUAGAGAGGCAGUUCUUACCGUUGAUAUGUAAUGAUAUUUAAAUUUAGAUAUUAAAAUAUGAUGAUGAUGAUGAUGGUGUAAAUAAAUGGUCAAUAUAUUAUAUUAACAUUUUUAAUUUCGUCUUACUUUACCCAUUCUUUUUCUAGAAUCUGGCUCAGAAUAAUUUAGUGUAUGAAAUUUGGAGUAUCCUAAAGGACAUAAAAACUCAACAAAAAAAAAUUGAAAUUUCAUCGUUUUAGUAAGAAGGUAACCUAAUAAAUUUAGAUUUUGGAAAACUUUGAUAGGUCAUAACUUUUUUUUUUUUAGAGAUAGAAAGCUGAAAUUUUCAGCGAUUUUUAUUUCAGUAGAGGACCUCAAUCCCUGGAAACUUCAGCUAAUUUGGACUUAUAGUUUCAGAAAUAAAAUCGUGUCAAGCAAUUUGGGGUGGUUUAUCAAUUUUUCAAUUUUUCAGUACUUUAAAUCUUUUUUUAUUUCAUAUAAAUAUAAUAUACAAACUAUGAAAAAUGUAUUCCUUCGCUAUUGAAUGCAUGUAAUAGCCUGUAAUGAAAAAUAUGUUAAUAUAGUGAAUUUAUGAAAAAAAUUAAAUUACUCACGACAUAAAAUCAUCUAAAUCCAUCGUUCUGGCUCUUUUCUCUGCAGCACUCGCAUUUGUUAAAAUGUUCUCUAUUUUUUCUUUGAUACUGAAACCUUCAGGUAUCUCCUGGAACAUUCAACAAUAAAUAUAAUGUUUCUGUUUAUCUAAUUCACUGUUACUAAACUAUAGGUACAACUCAAAAUACCUAGGUCUGUAAACAGACUGUAUUUUUUUUGAUGAGUGGACUUAAAUAUGUUUUCCUACAAUCGCCCUGGAAAGCAGGCCUUUUUGAUUAGAUUUGUGAUCGCAAAGUAGGCGUAUCCUGAUGACCUUUACUUUGCCGCUCUAGAGCGGCAAAGUACUAAAAACACUCGCUUGUAAAUUUUGUAUUUUCCCAAUUUUUUAUUCCCACUUUUUUUUUCCCCGACCAUUUUUUUUCACUACUUUUUUUUUCGCGACAAUUUUUUUUCCCGACCAUUUUUUUUUACGACUAUUUUUUCCCGACUAUUUUUUUUUCCCGGCAAUUAUUUUUCCCGACUUCUUUUUGCGACUUUUUCUUCUCUUUUUUUUUUUCUCUUUUUUUCUCGACUUUUUUUUUCUUGACUUAUUUUUCCCGGCCAUUUUUUCUUUCCGGCCAAUUUUUUUCCCGACCAACUUUUUUUUUCACGACCAUUUUUUUUCCCGACCAUUUUUUUUCUCGACCAUUUUUUUUCCCCAAUUUUCUUUCCCGACCAUUUUUUUCCCAACUUUUUUUUUCCCGACUAUUUUUUUUCCCGACAAUUUUUUUCCCGACUUUUUUUUUCCCGACUUUUUUUUUCUCGACCAUUUUUUUUUCCCAAUUUUUUUUUCCCGGCAUUUUUUUUUUCGAACAUUUUUUUUCCCGACUUUUUUUUUCCGACUUUUUUUUUUCCCCGACAAUUUUUUUCCCGGCAAUUAUUUUUCCCAACUUUUUUUUUGCGACUUUUUCUUCUCUUUUUUUUUCUCUUUUUUUUUCUCGACUUUUUUUUUCCUGACUUAUUUUUCCCGGCCAUUUUUUCUUCCCGGCCAAUUUUUUUCCCGACCAACUUUUUUUUUUCACGACCAUUUUUUUUCCCGACCAUUUUUUUUCUCGACCAUUUUUUUUUCCCAAUUUUUUUUUCCCGAAUUUUUUUUUUUCGACCAUUUUUUUCCCGACUUUUUUUCCUGACUAUUUUCAUUUCUCGACCGACUUUUUUUUUCCCGACAAUUGUUUUUCCCAAUUUUUUUUUUUCACGACCAUUUUUUUUUCCCCGACCUUUUUUUUCCCGACUAUUUUCAUUUCCCGACCGACUUUUUUUUUCCCGACAAUUUUUUUUCCCGACUUUUUUUUUCCGGACCAUUUUUUUUUCCCGACAAUUCUUUUUACCCGACCAUUUUUUUUCCCGACUCUUUUUUUCCCGACUAUUUUUUUUUUCAUGACCAUUUUUUUUACCCGACUUUUUCUCGAUUUUUUUUUCCGAAUUUCUUUUUUCCCAAUUUUUUUUUCCCGCAUUUUUUUUUCCCGACUUUCUUUUUCCCCGACAUAAAUGAACUGGUUUCUUUCAAUUAUUUUUCUGUUAAAUGCGAUUGUAGAAAAAAUCAUGUGUGUAUUACGAGCGAAAAGUGGCUUUGCCAAUCUCAAGAUAUUGCCGGUCGGCAAAGUACCACUUUGCGCUCUUAAUACACAAAUAGCUAAUACAUUAUAUCAUCAUAAUGGUAGAAAAAAAGUUAAACAAUUUACAUUCGUACUCGGAUAUUAUCUAUUUUCGAAAUUUUUGAAUCUAGCCCAAGAAAUUUAUACCUGCGCCGCAAAAAAUUUUGCGCGAGGGCAGGCUGAUUUUUCCAGGGCUGAUUGGGGAGUGUGUCCUGAGUAUUGAGCCAAAAAAUCACACUUGAAACCCUUGUGCGUUCGGCCCUAUUGGGCUUUUUCUUAUUUAUUUAUUUUUUUCGACAAAAUGACCUUCACAAAACUUGUAGAUAAUUACAUUCUGAUCAACUUUGCCUCAUGACUUUUUUUGCUAGCUGUUUCACUUUAGGCGCGGUGGCCAUUUUCAUUUUAGUGCUUCAGAAUUCGCAAAAAAAUUAAAUAGCAAACCUGCAGAUUAUUAUACCUAAUGAAAUAGGGUACUUGCAUGGAAAAUUAAAUUGAUUAUUGUUUAUUGCAAACUGUAGGAAAUCGAAAAAUAAUAGUUACUUUUUUUUAAUUUCACCCAAAUAUGAUUAUUCCGGAAGUUAUACAAAUAUUAAGUUUUUUUUAUAUAGAUAUACUGAGCAUGUGCGACGUCACAACUCACAACGUAUUAUACCUAAGUUAUGACGUCGGAAGGACAUUUCAAAGUGUUGUAUCUCCGUCAAUUUUUGACUAACAAGAAAAAGAAAAAACACGUGUUGACUUAUUUUUCAUGGACUAUUGAAAUCAGCAAUAAAAAAAUUUGAUGCAAGGGGCCUAUUCUCUAUUACUUUGCUUGAUGAUAUUUUAUUGUAACUUUAUUUAUUUCGCUUGUACGGUCUUUUAGGCAUUUGAAAAAU